AUGAGACACGCUCACAGCCCUGAACUGAAGAGCGCGGCAUCUGUCUGGUAUCUGCGUAACUUCUUGCUAGCUUUCAAUCAUAAUAUUUACAUGACAAAUAUUUUGUUCAUGCAGGUUAUUUGUGUGUCCUCAUACCGCGACUCCACUUGUGUGAUUGAAAGUUUUGCUGAUAAUCGUUUUUGUUGUUUCUUACACUUUGUUGAACAAGCUAAUUAUAAAAGUGCAUGCAUCAAAACCUUCCUUGACAUUAUGGUGCGUCAUAAGUAUAGUCAGACUGUUAAACCUGCGAUUGAUGCCAAUGUUUUUGUGGCUGCUAUUAAGGAGGUUACAAUCGCGAAAAAGUCUCUACGAUCAUAUCAAUUAUAUUGUAGAAGCCAAUAUAUGCCUUUUUAA